AUGUAUGAUAUCUGGGAUGGUGCUGUCCUUCGAAACUUGAAGGGUCCCGACGGAAAACCAUUUGUUGGCGAGGCCAAAAAUCCACAAUCAGAACUACAUCUCAUAUUCAACGAGAUGCUGUGCUGCUGGAGUCCUGGGAUUACUUUUAUGAAGACCUUGCUUAAUCGUGGUUUUGGUGCCGUCAUUCGAGCCACUAUCAUCCCCCUCAUAUGUGAUCUACCAGCUGCACAGAAAACAGCAGGAUUUGCCAGUCACGGCUUCAAUUUAGGCGAUUUGGCACACUGCAUCCGGUGUGUCCUAGGCAUCGAUGCUGAUGCUCAGCCACCAGGAGAGGAGCAUGUCCAGCCCCACAACCCAGGAGAACAACAGAAUCAACUUGAUGGUGUCAUUGAUGCACUCAGAAAAGAGUCCAGAACAGGUCUCAUGUGCUUCUGCAGAGGAUACAUUAUGUCUAUGGCACUGGCUAACAAUGUUGCCCCGCAUGUCAAUUUGGGUGUCAAUUCUACCAGAUCUGCGGAGAGAGCAAGGACUCCAAAGUCAUCUUACAUUGAUGCACUGCUUGAGUGGGCUGAAAUCCACUGUCCUACUGUGCUUCCUCACCCAACUGCUGAUUUUUCUACCAUAUCAGCCAAGAUAUCCAAUCUCAUUAUCCUCCACAAAGGAAUUUUGCAUGAGGUAUGGUCUGACAUGGCUAAGACAACCAUACCUUUGUGGUUGAAAUGCAUACCUGCAAAUUUCAGCAGUGCCUCCCAUGGCAAAAUCGAAGCUGACCAAUGGUGCACUGUCUGCUUGGUGAACCUCGUCAUCACCCUUGGCCACUUACUGUCAUCUAGUUAUUUGGGGAAAAUGCAGUAUGCACCAACAACAACCAUGCAACUCAGCACUUAUCAGAGAGGGGAAAUAGAACAAUUAUUCAUGAAGUCAUUCUGUAGAGGAAGCAACCUCAGAGCCUCCCUCAUGCACGACAGCUUGCCUGAGGCCAUCGCAGAUUUGCAACACAUUGCACUUGAUUAUUUCAGUGCAGAUUUCAGGGGAACUUUACAUCAGGAUCUGAGCACCAUGGUAUUUGGCGUUGAUAGCCCUGAAUCACCAGUGCAGAUGACAAAGAAACACAUUAAGCUGUCCCCUGAUGUGUACUCAAGUCUCAUUUCACAUCUCAAUGCCUUGGAUGAGGGCAUGCAGUACCAGCACUAUGACAAGCCCGUGGUUUCUCAGUAUCUUCCAGUGGAACCAUACACUGUGCCUAAGAAAUCGAUUAAGUUCAAAGGUGUAAACCUCACUCCUACAUGGCAGCAUGUUGGCAAUAGCCAGGUCCUGCUGCACCCAACUGCAGGGAACUCGAUUUCAUGUGCAGCCUGGAUUCAGAAGAUCUUUCUGCAUACAUGCUCUGGCAGAGGGUCAAACAUAACUGAAACAUUCUAUGUUGUCAGGUGGUACAGAGAACUCAGCGAUGCCCAAGCUGCUCUGGAUCCCUAUUGA